GAGUCAGAGUCUGAGAACAAGCUGGAUGGAGAGACAGCAUCAGACAGCGAAAGCAAAUCUGAAUUUGGAGGAUCCCUCCCGGUGCCGACAUCAGAUGACACUCCGGAGGUCCUGAACAGAGCUCUCUCCAACCUGUCCUCAAGAUGGAAGAAUUGGUGGGUAAGAGGCAUCCUCACGCUGGCAAUGAUCACUUUCUUCUUCAUCAUCAUCUACUUGGGACCCAUGGUCUUAAUGACGAUAGUGAUGUGUGUCCAGAUCAAAUGUUUCCAUGAGAUUAUCACUAUUGGCUAUAACGUGUACCACUCCUAUGACUUGCCGUGGUUCAGGACGCUCAGCUGGUACUUCCUGCUCUGUGUAAACUACUUUUUCUAUGGUGAGACUGUGACAGAUUAUUUCUUCACCCUGGUUCAGAGAGAGGAGCCCCUGCGAAUUCUCAGCAAAUACCACCGCUUCAUUUCUUUCGCCCUAUACUUAACAGGUUUCUGCAUGUUUGUCUUGAGUCUGGUGAAGAAACAUUAUCGCCUCCAGUUCUAUAUGUUUGGAUGGACCCAUGUGACGUUGCUAAUUGUUGUUACCCAGUCGCACCUCAUCAUUCACAACCUGUUUGAAGGAAUGAUAUGGUUCAUCGUCCCAAUUUCCUGUGUGAUCUGCAAUGACAUCAUGGCGUACAUGUUCGGGUUCUUCUUUGGCCGCACCCCACUCAUCAAGCUCUCCCCAAAAAAGACCUGGGAGGGUUUUAUUGGAGGAUUUUUUGCCACCGUUUUGUUUGGACUGCUGCUGUCCUACGUAAUGUCCGGGUACCGGUGCUUCACCUGUCCAGUGGAGUUCAACAACGACACCAACAGCUUCACAGUGGACUGUGAGCCAUCCGAGCUGUUCCAGCUACAGGAGUACAACAUCCCCUUGGUGCUGCAGUCCGUGGUGGGCUGGAAGACAGUCCGGAUGUACCCCUUCCAAAUCCACAGCAUCGCACUGUCUACUUUCGCCUCCCUCAUUGGGCCAUUCGGAGGCUUCUUUGCUAGUGGAUUUAAGAGGGCCUUCAAAAUCAAGGACUUUGCCAACACAAUCCCAGGGCACGGAGGUAUCAUGGACCGCUUUGACUGUCAGUACCUGAUGGCUACCUUUGUUAACGUGUACAUCGCAAGUUUUAUCAGAGGUCCUAACCCAAGCAAACUGAUCCAGCAAUUCUUAACGUUGCGGCCAGACCAGCAGCUCCACAUCUUCAACACGCUAAAAGCACACCUUGUUGACAAGGGUAUGUUAGGUAGUUUGGAGGAGGCAUAGACAGCCGGGCGAUUGGAACGGGACUGCAAACAGACAAGCCUCCUCGAGGAAAUUCCUGGCUUGCCUGAUUUAAGACAAUAACAAGGCCUCAUUUCACUGUAACUUUUCUUCCUUUCUUGGUAAAUGUUUGCAUUUGUGGGUUUUUUUAAUAAUAUAUUUAUAUAGCUUGGGUUCAAAUGAGCAAAUCUUGGCUUCGUAGCUGAAAAGGAGUUAAGGCUUGGAAGGACUGUUGGGUGAAGUAGGAGGGUACGACUGUCCCCGUGGGCUGUUCUUAACCUUCGAUGCAUGUGGGCAGA